AUGACUGAUUUUCCGUUUGUUCGUAUGGUGCCGUUCAGUGACCUUGUGAGGGCCGAAGAGCCUAGGCCUCUAUUGGAAGGUAUGGUCUCUUCGUACGAGGCAUCCUCCAGGUUUCCCAAGGGUCACAAAUAUGAUCGUUGCUUGAGCUUCCGUAAGUGGCGUGCACAUUGGAAAGUGGAAUCUACUGCACGAGAUGACGCUUAG